AUUAGAUCUAUCAUUUAUAUCAUAAUGUUAAUAAUGUUAUAAAUCUACGUUAUUGAACUUAUUGUCGUUAUAGUAAUAGUUAUAGCUCUAACUCUAGAGUACUUAAGUUAUAACUUAUAGAAUAUAUAGAGUAUGGUAGUUAAUUAAUAUCUCAUCUCAUUCUCAAGUCAUCUGUCUCUAACUCAUGUCUAGAUUCUAGUACUUAGAUCUAGAUGUAGUCUAGAUAAUAAGAUAUAUACACUUAGAUCUAGAUCUAUAACUAUGAAUAUUUAUAUUAAAUUAAUAAUAGAAUAAUACUUAAUGGUGACAUACUAUACAUAGUCUAGAUUCUAGAGUGACUACACUAAGUCUAGACUAGUCUAGAGUGACUAGAGUCUAGAGUAAUAUAUUAUAUACUAUGUCUAUGUAAUUGCUAAUAUAUUACUAUAUUAUUAUUAAUACUAGAUAUUAAGACUAGACUUGACUAGAGAGUCUAGACUACUCUAGAGUCUAGACUAAUAGUAAUAGUAUAGUAUAGUAAAUAAAUAGUCUAGUAGUAAGAUCUGUAGUUUUUAUCGACCUAGAUCUAUACUUAUACUACUGACUAACAAAGACUUUAUUUUUUUCUUUUUUACAAGAAUUGGGUUUUAACCUCAAAAACUAGUAGUUUCAGUAGUAGUCUAGAGACAGAUAUUUUUACAUUAUAACAUACAUCAAUACUGAAAAUGACAGGCCCAAGGAGAAGUCCAAGACAGGCAAAAUUGCAACCAAAGAAUUAUAAGGAAAGUGACGAUGAAGACACAGAUAGUGAGGAAGAGGAAAGUGAGGAUCUUUUUACAAGGUCACCAAUUGGACCUCACUAUGGUCAAUCAAGAUCACCUGAUGAUAACAACAGAAGUAAAAACUCUCCCGCAAGCAGCUUUCUAAAUUUUAGCCAAACAUCUUCACCAGGUUCAUCAUCUCCACCGUCUUUUAAUACAAGUCCUGGUGGUAAAAAAAUGUAUCCAAAUUUGUCGGAUGAAAUCGAUGGCUCACCCUCAUUACAUAAAUCAACACCUUCGCUGUAUCCCACUCUGAGUGAUUCCGAAACUACUACACCUAGAAGUCGAGCUAGAGAGACUGUUUAUAAUGAAAGAAGAGGAUUUAACCUAUCUCCUAAAGAUUUAAAUAAUAGUAACAAACAGGACAUUUUUGAGACAAAAGGGAAUGUUUCAAAAAACAAAGAAAGCUUAGUAUACAUCACACUGUUUUUUUUUUUAUUCAUUUCUUUAAUUGUCUAUUUGUAUAGGGGUACUGGUAUGUCAGAACCUAGCAAGACUUCAGACAAUGAUGGGACAUCAUAUAGGAAAUAUAUACAAGAUAUUGAAAACUUGAGUCAGCAGUUCCCAAAGCAAAAAAAGCGUUUGUGGACUACCGUUAAGGCAUCUGCCCAUCACAUACUAAAUGAGACUCACUCUGACUACCCCAGUGUGAUAAUGAUGGCUACAGAUAUUCACACCAAUAAUCUAGCAUUAUGUCUUGCUAAACUAAUCACUUCUAAGUUUCAAUCGGCUGGUGGAAACCCUCAGCACCCAUCAGUGGUUGAUGUGGACACUCUAAAAUACAUGCAAAACAAUGAACAAAAGAAAUCACUGGAUGACCGCCUAUAUGAGGUGCUUAGCAAGCACAAAUCUGUCAUCAUAGACAACCUUCAGAUGCUUUCUGCUGAGGCUGCUCUUCUGCUUCAUUCUUACUGUGACAAUGACAAUGCCCCCUAUAAGGAUGUCAUGAUUGUUCUGAUGUUUUACAUUGAUUCAUCUGUUCAUCUCCUGGAUCCUGAUCGACCCAACAGUGUGGAGGGUUAUGUGGAAAAUCUCUGGAUCAAAGAUCUAGACAUAGAUAAAGUUAGUGCUAUAUUAAGUCGUGUAGCUAAUAAUAUUGUUGUGGUCAGUGAUGAAGAAACUUUACCAAAAACUUUGUGUUCUGAUGUGUGAAUCUAUUUGCUGUCUACUUGCUGGUUGUUGUUGUUUUGCUACACUAGUUAAAACUUUUUUGUUUCCUUAAGGUUUUUAUAAGGACAACACAAAAAAAUAUUCUCAUUGGUAUUAAUGGUUUCUACAGCAAGAAGUAAGAUUUUCUACUUCUAAAUAUACAUCUAAUAUAUUAUAUAUUAAUUUGAGACAAUGUUUUCCUGACAUUUAAUAACUAAAAAUAGCCUUGUAUACUAAAAUUAAUUGGUCUUGCUUAUGGUUUAUGUUAGUGAUCUAUAAUAAAAAAAAUAUUGUCAUGCUUUUUCAUAUUUUUUUUUUUUGUUUUAUAUAACUUUAACUUGACAGGUCUAUGAUUUGUGUAUUUUAAAUUUCAGAAAAAUUUGACUAUCAGAAAGUUUUUUUUUUGUUUCUGAGGAAUUAGUCAAAUGAGGUUUAAAAAAAAUUCAAAUAUAAGCCUUUCAUGUAUUUUUUUUGUAUUAUUAUAACUUAUAAUGUAUUACAUGAGUACAAUGUGUGAGUUACUACCAUUACUUGUCAUGAAAAUAUUUUCUCUGACUUAACAGUUCUACAUUUAGUAGUUCUACAUUACAUUGUAACAGUUCUACAUUUAGUAGUUCUACAUUACAUUGUCAUUUAGUAGUACUACAUUACAUUGUCAUUUAGUAGUUCUACAUUACAUUGUCAUUUAGUAGUUCUACAUUACAUUGUCAUUUAGUAGUUCUACAUUACAUUGUCAUUUAGUAGUUCUACAUUACAUUGUCAUUUAGUAGUUCUACAUUACAUUGUCAUUUAGUAGUACUACAUUACAUUGUCAUUUAGUAGUUCUACAUUACAUUGUCAUUUAGUAGUUCUACAUUACAUUGUCAUUUAGUAGUUCUACAUUACAUUGUCAUUUAGUAGUUCUACAUUACAUUGUCAUUUAGUAGUUCUACAUUACAUUGUCAUUUAGUAGUUCUACAUUACAUUGCCAUCACACGUGCCACGUCUCAGUAUUUUAUAUUCUUGUUGAUUUGAUGUUAAAUAUAUCUACAUAAAACUCAAGCCUUAAUAUUACUUUUAUGCUGAUUUGUUAUUCAAUACAUUUUAUGUACAAAUAGUAAAAAUAAAACUGUUGAACUGUCA